AUGAGGUUCACCGUCGCCUCCGCCGUGGCUGUUCUGGCCGCCACUGCCGUGGCAUUACCCACAUCGAAGCGCGAUGACUCGGACACAACCAACGACGUCUCGACCCCGGAGCGCCGCGUUGCAAAGGAAUGCACUCCUGAAAUCACGGAUCAGCUGCUCUUGCGCACCCCCAUGGACGACUUCCAGAAAGCGCGAAAGGCCGCCGACCCGUCCGACUGCAACUGGGAGUCGGACAACUGCUCCAAGUCACCCGACCGGCCCGCCGGGUUCGACUUCACGCCCAGCUGCCAGCGCCACGACUUUGGCUACCGAAACACCAAGGCGCAGAAACGCUUCGACAGCAUGAAGGACAAGAUCGACGAUAACUUCAAAAGGGACCUCUACGAGUACUGCGACAAGAACAAGCACGAGUGGAACCGCUUCAAGUACCAUGAGUGCAAGAUCUUUGCCAAGACCUACUACGAAGCCGUCAAGAGGUUUGGAAAGCGCGAGGACGGCGUGGAGGACGAGAUUGUGGCCCGCGAUGAAGGCUUCUUUGGCGCGGACGACGCCGCCGAGUUUGACGACCUCGUCGAGCGCGAUCUGGAAGAGACCGAGUUCAGUGAACUUGAGACGCGCGAUGUUUCCGAGGAUGUUGAGUUCAACGAAGUUGAGGAGCGCGAUAUUGCCAGCGAAGAUGGCGAGUUUGCUGAUGUGAUUGAGCGCGACGUCACGGAAGAUGUCGAGUUCAACGAGGUCGUGGAGCGGGAUGUCGAUGAGAGCGAGUUUGCCGAGCGCGACAUUGCCGACGAUGCCGAGAUUGUGGCUCGCGAUGUUGAGGGCGAAGACGACAACGACUUUGCCGAACGCGACGUUACAGAAGACGCCGAAUUCAACGAGGUCGUUGAGCGCGACGUCGACGAGAGCGAGUUUCUUGAGCGCGACGUUACGGAAGAUGCCGAGUUCAAUGAAGUGGUCGAGCGCGAUGUUGAUGGCGAGGACGACGACGACUUUGCCAAGCGCGACAACAGCGAGGACGCCGAUUUCAACGAAGUCGAGGAGCGCGAUAUUGCCAGCGAAGACGGCGAGUUUGCUGAUGUCAUCGAGCGCGACGUGGCCGAGGAUGAGACCCUUGACGAGCUCGUCGAGCGCGAUGUUUCAGAGGAUCUCGAGUUCAACGAGGUUUUCGAGCGCGACGCCGGUGACGAGGGUGACGACUUUGCUGAGAACGUUGAGCGCGACGUCACCGAGGACACUGAGUUUGACGAGGUUGUUGAGCGCGACGUGGCAGAGGAUGCCGAGUUUGAUGAGCUUGUGGAGCGCGAUGUGUCUGAGGAUGCCGAACUUGACGAGCUUGUGGAGCGCGAUGUCACCGAGGAUGUCGACUUCAACGAGGUCGUCGAGCGCGACGAAACCGAGGACUUCGAGCUCAAUGAGACCGUUGAACGUGACGUUUCGGAGGACCUCGAAUUUGACGAGGUCGUUGAGCGUGAUGUUCCCGAGGAAGACGGCGACCUUGAGACACCCGUUGAGCGUGACGUCUCUGAGGAUGCCGAGUUCAACGAGUUCGCUGAGCGCGACGUUUCCGAAGACGCCGAGUUUGACGAGGUCGUUGAGCGUGAUGUGAGCGAGGAUGCCGACUUCAACCAGGUUGUAGAGCGCGACGUGUCGGAUGAGGAGGUCGAGUUUGAGUCACUCGUUGAGCGCGACGUUUCCGAGGACGCCGAGUUCAACGAGGUUGUUGAGCGCGAUGCGUCUGAGGAGGACCUCGAGCUGGAAACCCUCGUUGAGCGCGAUGUUGCCGAGGAUGCUGAACUUGUCGAGCGCGAUGUCAGCGACGACACCGACGACGAUGUCGUGAAGCGCGAGGACGAGUUUGUCGGCUACGAUGCGGACGCUGUCGACGUCGAAUAA